UACUGACAUGAAAGGUCAAAUUUAAAAACCUGAAAAGCCAACACUCUUAGCAUAAGAACCUUUUUUCUAUCUGCUCUUACACCAAACUAACUAUUGUUCAUAAGUAGUCGACUUUUGAUAUUUAUUCUGACUCAAGGACAUUUUAGUCAUUGAGAAACUUCCUGGUGUAAAAAAAUGUCCUCGUGCUUCUCUAUGUGGACCAUUUAACCUGACAAAUAUGUUGAGUGACUAUUUUCAGCCCUGCGGCUUCACUGUUGGCCAACAUGUGACGUUGGGUUGUGACUGGUGAGGAGCACCAAACUGGAAUUUAUUUGCAUUAUCACUGGAGGACUUGGCUGACAGAUGGGCUUCAGUGAGUCAUGAAUAACUAACACAUUUUAUGUAAAUCCAAUCCAAAGGAGGAAAUGAUGACUUUUUGUUUAGCCCAUAGGUCAUAACUGGAUGAUAUCUCUAUCAGCAGACGAGCUGCUGCAAGUUUCAUAAACUAAUCUUUGAACAUUUACUCAGAUUGGUGACAAACUUUCAGCGUUGACAGCCUGGAAACCAUGAGUCACUGUACAAAGCAUAAAUGAAAUAUUUUUUUAUGGGGGGAGGGGGAGGGGGAGGGGGGGCUUCACUGGGAUAAUUUGUACAUAUUCACAACACAAACCAAUCAUACAUCUCCAACAAAAUGCCUUUCAGUUUGCUGUAGACUGUAGUGACCACCAGUGGUUUAGUGGUGGCUUAAUGUGUUGGGAGUGACGGCCUCUUGCACAUUCAGAUAAUACCUACUAGUCAAUUAGAGACAGUGUAGGAAGGACGUCCCUUCACCAUCCUAGGAAAAAAAUGCAGCAAACUACUGAAUAUUGUCAAUCAAUAAAUGCUGCAAUUCAGAAAAUAAUUAGAAGUGGGUAUACCCCAUGGAGACUGAAAAAUAAGUGGGUCUUCUCCAUAUACCUGCGUAUACCCUGCACUACACCACUGUUGACCACUACCACUACAAUUCAAUUGUAAAGUGCAUGCUACAUACAGUGACUACAGCUGUCAGCUAUAGUGGAUUAGAUAGGCAGGUACUUUUCUCUAAAAUACACGGAAAAGGAAGAAUAAAGUGGCAAGGAAGUAAUACACAUUGUAUUAUAUAAAUGAUUUGUGUAAUAACACAAAAUGCUUGUGCCCUUAGUGACCGGCGUACACAGUGGCUUAGUGCUCUUUAAAGCCAUAAAAUGUCCAAAGAACUUCUCGAGAACACAACAACAGAACAGAAAUUACACAAGGAAAUUUCGUUUUUUUUUUAUAUUAAAAAAAAGGGGGGGGGGGAUUCUCCUCACAAAGAAUAAGUUCAGAGAAGCAUCUGUAAUCUGCACUCUCGCUCAGUGAUUUGCCAUCAUGAGUAUUGCUGCUGCAGACUAACUCGGUCUGAUUUGCGUUUUUUGAACACGUUAAGUUAAAACAACUUAAAAGUGAAAUCCUGCUGUCUCUUUAAUUGAACAAAGAGACAGUGAGAGGUGAGAGUGAAAAUAAACGAGGGUGGGGUUGUUUGGUGGCUCUGCUCGAUAGAUUAAUCACGCAUGCCUGGUUUAUUGUCUGCAGCCCGUGGGACUGGGAGAGACAGGGCUGCAGGUCUGUGUGUUUGCUCUCAGUGAUGGGCUCUUCUGGGAGAUGGAUGCUGCUCACCCUGUGUGUGUGUUUCAGCACUCUGGAGAUUAGUGAUUGCACUCAGGGUAACCAUGAGGGAGUCCAGUCUCAGUGUGGUUCAAGGGGAUUUUGUCAUUCUGCCCUGCUCCUUCUUCACCUCCAGCCCCCUCUCCAGACUCAACGUCAUCUGGACCCUGGCUCCCUUCUCCAGCCCAGACACCCCGAUACAGGUGAUAGUGUACGACCAUGGACAGGUGAUAGAAGACCCCUCCCUCAUUGGCAGGGUGGGCUUUACAGGUAUCCCCUGGAGUGCAGACAUUGUGCUGAAUGACACACGUGUAUCAGACGCUGGGAUUUACCGCUGCAUGGUCAAUAACCCUCCAGAGACAGCAGAUCCCGGCAUAGGAGAGCUGGUGCUCAGUGUGCUGGCUCCACCCUCACUGCCUGUGUGUCAGUGGGACGGAGAUGUUGAUAUGGGAGGAAGUGUCACGCUGUCCUGCUCGGUGGCUGAGGGUGUCCCCACUCCUGAGAUCCACUGGGAUAAACUCAGUCCAGAGGAAAUCGCACUUCCUAUCAACAUGGAGGGGGAUCUGUCAGGCUUUGUCCAAAUUGUCAAUGUGUCAUCUCAGACGUCUGGCCUGUAUCGCUGCUCUGCCAAUAACCUCCUGGGAACGGAGAACUGCUACGUCAACCUGUCUGUCUACAGCACCCCGGACAGUCCCUCCGGCAUGCUGCAGGGCGUACUGCUCACCUUGUCCAUGAGCCUGAUGCUGCUGGCGCUGCUGGUGCUCGUGUUGUGGCUCCACCGCACGGGGCAGGACGGGAGGAGGUGGACGGAGCGGAAAGAAGAGGAGGAGGAUGAGUGUUACAAUGAGAUACGGUACACUCCAUCUCUGAUGAAGCGUUCAUUUGUUUAAUUUUUCAACGUCGACGGGAAAA